AUGACGGAGGUCGACCCCCAGGGACGCUCGUGGGUUGCGGGCUACGCAGGGCCGUCCGUGCUGCUCGAGAAGCGCGCGCGGCGCCGCGACUGGACGUUCGGGAAGACCGAGGGGGCGCAGUCGUCGGAGUCGCACAAGUGGUGGCGGAACGACCGCCACGCGACGGCGUCGCGGGCGGCCAACAGCGACGUGGACCAGCUCUGGACCGAGGUGCACGGGGGCGUGCCGCUGCAGGACUUCACGGGCAACAAGAUGAACGAAUUCACCAAGAAGGACCUCAGGGCGUCGCACAUCACCAUGAAGGCCGUUGCGGACCACGAGGAGGUCGAGCCGCUCAAGUCGUCGUACUGCAGCGACUUCUGCGACAACAUGGGCAACACGGAGGCCGCCCAGCUGCGCGAGAUGACCGACCACAGCAAGCGCAUCGCUCGCGAGAACAAGCAGCGUGCCCUCGGCGCCUCCGUGCAGCAGGCGCUCCAGGACUCCGACGGCCUGUAG